AUGGCAGAAACCACCCAAACGUCCUCGGCGACAGUGAUAUCAAUCCUUGGCAAAGAUGCGAUAGUGGUUGACUACGGCCUCUGGAACAACUACAUAGCCACCGACCUCCUCACCAACAUCCUCUCGACCACCUACGUCCUCAUAUGCGACACUAACCUUGCCGCCUUACCUUACAUCUCCGCCUUCAGGACUCGCUUCGAGAGUACACGUGAGAGUCUGGGCAAGAGACCAGAGGAGGCACGCUUGCUGAUCUACGACCAAAUACGGCCAGAUGAGACGAGCAAGAGUCGACAGACGAAAGGUAAAGUCGAGGAUUGGUUGUUAAAGCAAGGAUGUACACGUGACACCGUCAUUCUAGCAUUAGGUGGAGGGGUGAUUGGUGAUAUGGUCGGGUUUGUGGCAGCGACGUACAUGCGUGGUGUACGCUUCUGUCAGAUUCCUACAUCUUUACUGGCAAUGGUCGACUCGUCUAUUGGUGGUAAGACGGCAAUCGAUACGCCUCUUGGGAAGAACUUGAUUGGCUCCUUCUGGCAGCCGGAGAGGGUGUAUAUCGAUCUUCAAUUUCUCGAGACGUUGGACAAGAGACAAGUAUGCAACGGAAUGGCUGAGGUGGUCAAGACGGCCGCGAUAUGGGAUGCUGAGGAGUUUGAACGACUCGAAGACGGUGCAGCUGCUAUCAUGACUGCGUUGGAUAAGCCUGUGGGCAAGGGCAGGUUCGAGGGGGUAGAGGAGGUGUUCAAGAGGAUCGUGCUUGGUUCUGCUCGCGUGAAGGCUGAGGUAGUCAGUGCGGAUGAGCGCGAAGGUGGUUUGAGAAAUCUGCUCAACUUCGGACAUAGCAUUGGACAUGCUUACGAAGCUCUCCUCACCCCGGAGAUCUUACACGGUGAGGCUGUAGCGGUGGGGAUGGUGAAAGAGGCGGAGCUUGCGAGGUAUCUUGGCAUCUUGGAUUCCGGCGCUGUGGCGCGAUUGACGAAAGUCAUUGCGUCCUAUGGCCUUCCGAUAUCGAUACAGGAUAGACUUAUCACAAACCAUACUUCGAAACAGUGCCCUGCGGACGAGCUGCUGCGUCGAAUGGCUGUCGACAAGAAGAAUGCUGGAAGUGCCAAGAAAGUGGUUUUGCUAUCUUCGAUUGGCGCUUGCCACGAGCCCAGCGCCACAAAAGUUGCAGAUAAAGAUAUCAACAUUGUUCUUUGCCCUGCCAUUCGAGUGCGCCCGGGCGUGGGUAAAGUGCGGAAGCUACCACAAGAGAUCGUGUGUAAACCCCCAGGCAGCAAAAGCAUCUCCAACCGAGUUCUGCUCCUUGCAGCGCUGGGAGAAGCCAUUGCAAAGCUGGGAGGUGCGACUUACACAUGGGAAGAUGCUGGCAGAACGCUCGCGGUGAAAGGCAAUGGUGGAGCACUUACGGCGUGCAAGGAGGAGAUAUAUAUUGGUAAUGCGGGCACCGCCUCCCGCUUUCUCACCACAGCCGUUACGCUCGCUCGACCCGCGGGCAGCGUAACAAGCACGGUCUUGAUGGGUAACAAACGUAUGCAAGAGCGACCUCAGGGUCCUCUCGUCACGGCUCUGAGAAAUAAUGGCAUGGAUAUGGAGUACCUCAAUCCUCCUCCCUCGCAAUCCCUCCCCCUCCGCAUUCGAGCUGCUGGAGGGUUAGAAGGAGGCGAGAUCGAGUUGGAGGCGAAAGUGAGUUCGCAGUACGUAAGUUCCAUACUCAUGUGUGCUCCUUACGCCAAGAAGCCGGUCACAUUGAAGUUGGUGGGUGGGAAGGUUAUUAGUCAGCCGUAUAUUGAUAUGACUUUAUCAAUGAUGGCUGCUUUCGGGAUCACAGUGCGAAGGGGGAAGACUGCGAGUGGCGAUCUGGAGGAUGUGUAUCAUGUCCCCAAAGGACGGUACUCGAAUCCUGGAAAUUAUGAGGUCGAGAGCGACGCGAGUUCUGCUACCUAUCCGCUUGCUGUUGCUGCGAUGACGGGAACAAGGGUCACGGUGCCUAACAUUGGUUCUGGAAGUCUGCAGGGCGAUGCGGAUUUUGCGACGAAGGUUCUCCGGCUUAUGGGAUGCCGGGUCCAACAAACAGAAUCCAGCACGACUGUCUCCGGACCAGAAAGUGGCAUCCUCAAGGCUCUACCAGAAGUGGACAUGGAGACUAUGACUGACGCUUUUCUGACUGCUAGUGUGCUUGCCGCUGUGGCGCAGUCGGGCAGUACAACGAGAAUCACGGGCAUUGCGAAUCAGAGGCAGAAGGAAUGCAAUCGGAUACAGGCUAUGCGUGUUGAGCUUGCGAAGUUUGGGGUCGUGUGUCGCGAACUCGAAGACGGGAUCGAGAUCGAUGGGGUGGGUAUGCGCGGGCUGAAGGCUUUGGCGGCUGGAGAGGAGGUGCACUGUCAUGACGACCAUCGCGUUGCUAUGUCCUUCUCUGUUCUCGGGCUGGUGGCGCCGAUCGGGACGGCCUUGGGUGAGAGGGAGUGUGUGGGGAAGACGUGGCCGGGAUGGUGGGACCAGUUGAGUGGUGUCUUUGGAGUGGACAUGGAGGGAUUGGACCCACCGAAUACCCACGCUUCUGGUUUCAAAGCACUUACCAACGGUCACAAUAAGACAAAUGGCUUUAACGCAUCUACUAUGGCUAAGGAGGUGAAGAAAUCCAUCUUCAUCAUAGGCAUGCGCGGUGCAGGCAAAACAACAACAGGCGGCUGGGCUUCUCGAAUCCUUGGCUGGCCUCUCAUCGAUCUGGACACUGAACUUGAACGUACAUACAACACCACCAUCCCUCAACUCCUCAAAAACAAUGACUGGGCCGGCUUCAGACAAAAGGAGGUAGACCUCCUACGAACAGUCAUGCGAGAGAGACCCGAAGGCCAUGUCUUCGCCACUGGUGGCGGGGUCGUUGAGACACCCGAGGCGCGGCAGCUGUUGGUGGAGUGGCAGAAGGAAGGAAUGGUACUGUUAGUGACGAGAGAUAUCGAGGCCGUGAUGGGGUUCUUGCAGAUUGAUAAGACGAGGCCGGCUUAUGUGGAAGACAUGAUGGGGGUGUAUCUGAGGCGGAAGCCAUGGUUCGAAGAGUGUAGUAAUCUGCAUUAUCAUAGUCAGGUCGUGGACGAGAGGAGUGCGGUUGUUGGGUGGAGGAGCCCAUUGGAUGAUUUUGGAAGGUUUCUGAAGACGAUGACUGGUCGAAGUGGUGCGCUUGAAGAGAUAAAGGCGAAGACGCAGAGCUUUUUUGUCGCACUCACGAGUCCGAAUGUUCGGGAGUUGGUACCGCUGCUUGAGGAAGUCACGGUCGGCGUUAAUGCGGUUGAGCUUCGCGUAGAUCUCCUCGUUGAUCCUAAGGCGGAAGAUGGGUUGCCAACGGACGAGUUUCUGGUCGACCAGAUUGCGCUGUUGAGAGCCAACACGACUUUACCACUCAUCUUCACCCUGCGAUCUGCGAGCCAAGGUGGACGAUGGCCAGAAGCCAAGAUCGAGCAGGCCUUGAGUCUGUAUCGUGUGGGGUUGAGGAUGGGGUUCGAUUUCGUGGAUCUGGAGCUUACUGCGCCGCAGGAGGUGAAGGAUUUCGUGUUCAAGCAUCGGAAGAUGUGUAAUAUUAUCGCCUCCCACCACGACCCGAAGAGUCAGAUGUCCUGGAGCAAUGCUGGCCAAGAUUGGAUGCAGCUGUUCGAGCAGGCGAGAAGCUAUGGUGAUAUAGUCAAGCUCGUCGGCAUUGCAAGAUCAAGCCAAGAUAAUGACGACCUCAAGACCUUCCGUCGGCAGGUCGCGACUAAGUGCCAUCGACUUCCGUUCAUCGCAAUCAACAUGGGUGACAAAGGUAAGAUGUCUCGUGUAGAGAACAGCUUCAUGACGCCCGUUUCACACCCUGCUCUUCCAUCGAAAGCAGCGCCAGGACAAGUCUCGGCAGCCGAGAUCAGGAAAGUGCUUAGUAUAGUCGGCGACAUUCCUGCAAAGAAGUUCUGGUUGUUCGGGACGCCUAUCAAACAAUCGAGAAGUCCAGCUUUGCAUAAUGAUCUCUUCGAAGCGACGGGCCUGCCGCAUGAGUACGGGCUUUGCGAGACGAAUGAGGCGAAGGAUCUGAAGAAGCUGAUACGAAACAAGGAGUUUGGUGGUGGGAGUGUGACGAUCCCUUUGAAGAGGGAUGUGAUGCCCCUUCUCGACCAGAUCGAUGAUGCAGCUGAGGUCAUUGGUGCGGUAAAUACCAUUGUCCCACAUCAGGGUGAGGGCGAGAACGUACGCCUCAUCGGUCACAACACAGAUUGGCAAGGUAUUGUGCUCUCCCUCCGCAACGCUGGCGCUGGGUCCGGCGUAGGGCCAAGAUUACAACAAGCCGCCAUGGUGGUCGGAGGAGGUGGUACGGCACGAGCGGCUAUCUAUGCGUUGAAAGAAAUGGGAUAUGCGCCGAUUUAUGUCGUAGGCAGGAACAAGGGAAAGUUGGAAGACAUGACCGCCAGUUUUUCCGAGGUAUACCGGAUCAAGAUCGUGAGCCAGGUGGAGGAGGUCAAACAACUGGGAAGCGUGCCUGUUGUGGGUGUUGGGACAAUUCCGGGUGACUCGCCAGUCGAUCCUGGCAUGAAAGACAUUCUUGACGCUAUCUUUGCGAGGUCGGCGUCUUCUGCUGAUGCGACAAACGGGGCGGCGAAAUCGACGUCCAAAGUUCUGGUCGAGAUGGCUUAUAAGCCGUCUGUUACUGCUCUGAUGAGCCUCGCAGAGCAGAGCGGUUGGGUCACUGUGCCUGGUCUUGAGGCGCUGGUGGGUCAGGGAGUGCAUCAGUUCAGGUUGUGGACGGGUAUCGUACCUGUUUAUGCUAAGGCGCGGGCCGCCGUUAUGGGAACGCCAGCGUAG